AUGUCAUCGGCGCCGGCGCCCUUGGAGGUUCUGUCCACUUCUACGAUGACGGAGAAGAAACCGGUUGUGACAAAGAGCGGGAAGGGAAGUGGGAGUAACGCGCCUGUCGCGGCAAGCAAGUCGAAUUACAAGGGGUUUGUGGCUGGUGUGUUUUCAGGGAUUGCGAAAUUGAGUGUUGGACAUCCAUUCGAUACCGUCAAGGUCCGAUUGCAGACCAGCAAGGAUGCGCACUUUAAGGGACCGUUGGAUUGUACUUUGCAAACUGUGCGCAAGGAGGGUGUGCGGGGAUUAUACAAGGGCGCUUCACCUCCGCUGGUCGGAUGGAUGAUGAUGGAUUCUGUUAUGCUAGGAUCUUUGACAUUAUACCGACGAUUGCUUCUGGAGAACGUCUUUUCAAAGCCCAAUCUUCGUCAAUAUAUGCCCUUCUCUCGCAGUCAAGACCUCUCAACACUCCCCUCCUUCGGCCAUGGUAUUGCAGGUAUCAUGGCUGGCACGACAGUCAGUUUCAUCGCAGCCCCGGUCGAACACAUCAAAGCUCGAUUGCAAGUGCAAUAUGCAGCAGAUAAAUCAAAGCGCAUGUACAGCGGACCAAUCGACUGUCUUCGCAAACUGCUCCGCACACAUGGUAUCAGCGGUGUAUACCGCGGCCUCUUCGCCACAAUGUUCUUCCGCUCCUUCUUCUUCUUCUGGUGGGGCUCCUACGACGUGCUCACCCGCUACAUGACCAACAACACCAACAUGUCCGCUCCGCUAAUCAAUUUCUGGGCCGGCGGUAUCUCCGCGCAAAUCUUCUGGCUCACAUCAUACCCCUCCGACGUGGUGAAGCAGCGCCUAAUGACAGACCCAAUGGGCGGCGCGCUUAAUGAUGGACAAAGACAGUUCCAUAGCUGGAAGGAUGCUGCACGGGCUGUUUGGCGGGAGCGUGGGUGGAGAGGAUAUUGGCGCGGGUUUGUGCCGUGUUUCCUCAGGGCGUUCCCGGCGAAUGCAAUGGCUUUGGUUGCAUUCGAGGGCGUGAUGCGUACCUUGUAA